AGGAUAACUGUCUCUCCUAUGAUGCUAGGGCUACACUACAACCUCACAACGGAAUCCCCUGCUGCCUUCUUCCUUGUGGGUGUCCCAGGACUGAAGUCCUCUCAUCUGUGGCUGGCAAUCUCGCUGAGUGUUAUGUACACUGUGGCCCUGCUGGGAAAUAGCCUCAUCAUGAUUGUAAUCUGGGUGGAUUCCACUCUUCAAGAGCCUAUGUACUGGUUCCUGUGUGUUCUGGCUGCUGUGGACAUUGCUAUGGCCUCCUCAGUGGUACCCAAGAUGGUAAACAUCUUCUGCUUGGGCGAUGGCUCCAUCAGCUUCAACAGUUGUUUCACUCAGAUGUAUUUUGUCCAUGCAGCCACAGCUGUGGAAACAGGGCUGCUACUGGCAAUGGCUUUUGACCGCUAUAUAGCCAUAUGUAAACCCCUACAUUACAAGAGAAUUCUCACACGUCAGGUGAUGCUGGGAAUGAACAUGGCCAUCACUAUCAGAGCCAUCAUAUUUAUGACUCCACUGAGUUGGAUGGUGAGUCAUCUACCUUUCUGUGGCUCCAAUGUGAUCCUCCAUUCCUACUGCGAGCACAUAGCUGUGGCCCAGUUGACCUGUGCUGAUCCCAUGCCCAGUAGUCUCUAUAGUCUGAUUGGGUCUUCCAUUAUUGUGGGCUCUGAUGUGGUCUUUAUUGCUGCCUCCUAUAACCUGAUUCUCCGGGCUGUCUUUGGGCUCUCCUCGAAGAAUGCCCAGUUGAAAGCAUUAAGCACAUGUGGAUCCCACCUGGGAGUUAUGGCUCUGACCUAUCUACCUGGGAUGGCAUCCAUCUAUGUGGCUUGGUUAGGGAAAGACCUAGUGCCUUUGCACACCCAAGUACUUCUAGCUGACCUAUAUCUGGUCAUCCCACCUACCCUCAACCCCAUCAUCUAUGGCCUGAGGACCAAACAAAUACGGGAACGGAUAUGGGUUUUGCUGAUGCACUGUCUGUGA